ACCCCCAGUGACAAUUGGACUGAUGGCGGACACGGACCCUAGUGCGAGGCGACUGGCACCGACAGGAGGCACUCUUAGGCCGCUUGGUUGUACUCCAAUGGUUCCUGUCAACCCCUCCGACAGCGACAAUUCGCGGACCAGGAGUCGCUUUGGAAGCACCUUGUUCUUUCCGAGUUUCAAACUUCACAAACCCAGUGACGACGACAAGAUGAGCAGUGGCGGACGAAAGUCGGGGCAUGCUAGCACGGGUAUCCUUGGUGGUGUUGUUCAAUACGUGCACACACGUUUGGGAAGCAUCAGUCUGGGCACUGCCGGCAAUGCGUCAAAUACACCCGAGAUGGCCGACGACGCCGGAGCCACUCGCGCCGCCGACGUCCGCAGGUUGUCGCGCUUCCGUGCGCUAGAGAGCCGUAUCGGGGACUGGCGGCUCGACGAAGCGUACCGCCGAACGAACCUACAGAUAUUCUGGAACGCCAUGUUUGGGCUGACUCUGGCCGUGAUCGAUCUCUUCUUGUUUCCAUUGACCGCCACAACGGUGCCGACAGGACAGCUCAUCCCGACGACAAUAUCGAUCCCCGUCGUCAUUGAAGCUGUCAUUACGCUCUCGACAUUGGCGCUCGUGGCCCAGCUGUGGGCAUUGCACAGAAUGUACGAGCGCGAGAAGCGCAUGAUUUGGGGCGACGGGUUCAAGAUGCGAUACUGGAACUACCAAAACAUGGGCAAGGCAGCGCUGGAAUUCCUCGUGGUGUCGAUUCAUCCGUGGCCGAUGGGCGAAAACGCCGUGUACCGCGAAGGCGUCACCGUCUGGAUGUUCCUUCGCUUCUACCUCCUCGUCCGCGUCAUCAAGGACCAUUCGACCGUGUACCGACAGCGAAAGCAGAUCGUCGAGGAAAACUUUCAACAGUCGGCCGCUCCCAUGUUCAAUUCGUGGCUGUCGAUGCAAAUCGUAUUCAGCCACUCGCCGGACGUGUCGCUCGUGGUGUUUUGCAUGUGGAGCUUAGGCGUGUUUUCGAUCUCGACGUACCUGUGCGAGCGAGACCACAAUCCGGACGACUUUACCUUUCUCAACACGACGUGGUACGUGUACACAACGUUCCUGACCAUGGACAUUGCCGAGUACACCGUCGACACGUGGGGCGCCCGCGCUGUGACGUGCCUCUUGAUUGCUGCGGGCGUCGUCAUGAACACGCUGGUUGUGGUCGCCAUUCUGGACAACAUUACUUUGGACGCCAAGGGCCGCGUCGCCCUGGCGUACGUCCAUCGAACGGCCGCACAGGACUCGAUCCGUCGAGCGGCUGGCGCGUUCAUCGUGAGCUGGGUACGGUGGCAAGUCGUCAAGUACAAGUCGCUCGACGCGGCGAACUGGAGCAAGCAUCGACUACAUGUCGCCGUCGCGCUGGAAAAUAUGCGCACGGCUCGGUACAAAAAGCAGAUCACAGAGCAGAGCUUGGGCGAUCCCGUGCUCGAUAAACUGCAGAGCCUCGACCUUGGGAUCAUGAAAAUAUACCACCAGAUCACGCCCAAGGAUUCGACGACAAACCACACGACCGCAUCGUCGACCCCUGCGCGGUCGACAGCUUCGUUACGAGAACAACCACCCAUGGCCCGCAAUCGACGAAAGAGCUCGAUGCUUCGGGCGGCACCUGCGACGUCAUCGGCAGUCCUCUUGCGGUCCACGUCGUCGGCGGAAGCAUCGACCUCAACAUCUAUGCAGCCAUGCGACCCGGACAACAACUCCUUGCGGACAGAGCUGUCCAAGUUGGCGGCACAUCAAGAAGAAACGCUGGCUCAGAACAAAGCGAUCAUUGAGGCGUUGCAAAAACUACUGCAAUAAUCAACGUGAAGUUGUCUUUAGCACCACCUAAUGAAUUGCGCAUUUCAGUUGAGGCCGAGGCGGGCCAGCACUUCGUCAGCGAUCGCGAGCGACGACGUCAGGCCUGGCGACUCGAUGCCACAGCAAUGCACCAGGCCACGCAUGCCGUGGUGAGA